AUAAAAAACAUUUGUUUUGGAAAAUUUGUCAAAGAAAAGAAUGGUGAUUAUUGCCGAAUGGAACGACAAUAAAAGACAGGUUUUAUGGUCUCAUGGCCAAAAGUACAGAAAUAUAAAGGGUAAGGUUGUGCAAGAAGACUGUUAGGAUUGAAAAUUUAAUGUUGCUCCUCUGAGUGGCGUGGAAAUAAAUCAAUAAGAGAUGAGAAGGAAAGUAUCUUAAGUAAAUACCAUAGCCUUGGUUACUACAGCAGCCAUAUAGAUUACUUAUUUGGGCUAACAAAGAAAUUACUUGCAAACGAAUUUGUUGAAGAAACACAUAGGCGUACAAUGAACCUACGGUGCUAUGUUAAGACACCCUGUCGGUGGAUCCGAAUUAAGAAUGUGCAAGACUGCAUUUUGCAAUACUUUUGGGAUUUCUGCAGAACGUGUAAGACAUGAGCAAACUCACAAGAAAUAAAAUUCAAACAUGUGAGUUCAUAUCACUUUGCUGUCACUAAGUUGAUUUUUUUUAUAAUUUUUCAGUGUCACACAAGUUACCACGCACAUCAAACACUUGAGCUCAUUAUAGAAAUACUGUGCCUUUCUCCAACACAUGUAAAACAAUUGCCCAAAAUAUUAACAGUUCAUAAUACAAGUUUGAUGCAUUGAAAUGUAUGUGCCUAUUGCGUAUGAUUUUCAUAGAAUUACUGUUGUACAGUUGGGAAAUUAUUUAGUUGCCCAUGGUUUACUGGCUUAUAGACUUUAGUGGGAAUUUGACACUUUUGUGACAAUUUAUUAUCAGUAUUUGUUCAUGUUAGGAGGAAAAAAAUUAUCUUCGCAACUUAUCGUCCUUGAAUCUGGUGGUGAAACUCAAUCUACACAUAUAAAAUAUAAAAAUUGUAGCUUGUAUGGGGUUGAUGCAGCAAACACAUCACCUAGGCAAAAAGUAUGCUUACAGUUCCCAUUGAAAGUGUUUAAAGCCUGGCAGUGAACCUAUUAAGUUUCACGAAGAUCUAUUUAUCUGAAACAAUGACAGUACAGACAAGUAGAGAGAUGUAGUCUGCAUACACUUGUGUUUGUCUAUAGAUCGUGCAUCCUGCAGACCAGAGAUGUGAGAGCAACAGUUUACAUGUUUUCCAUAGUGUCACGUCAAUGUCCACUGGCUCACAACAACACCCCAUGACCAGUAAUCCUGCAGCAGCUGAGCCAUUGCAGACAGACGACGGUUAUGACUUAGAUGACUAUGUCAUCACGGCCUAGGCAGAAUUUUCUCGUGACAGUACACUUGAGGUCCUCUCCUUGCUGUCUAAGAAGAGGAUGAAAAUAACAAUUGAGCUGGUCGAAGAGCUGAUGAGAUCUGAUGGAAUCCCCCCCCAGUCACAGUGAUCAUGAUAAUGGAUUAUCAACAUCACUAAGUUCUCCAGAAUCUGAAAACAGUCCAAUCUGUGAAAGGAAAUCAUCAAAGAAAAAAUCCCAGUGCAAGCAAAAGUCAAGGAAGGUUCCUAGAAAGCUUGACUAUAGCAGUGAUGUUGAUUCAGUAGGGCGCUAAUUUAAUGACAUAAAUGUGAAGUAGCAACAGACAGCGAUAGCAUGUCAUCAUCUUGUAGCAAUAACAGUUGCAGCUCCAACUGCACUAACAAGGAAAAGAUGCCAAGUACAAGUGCCGAACCUCAUUACUCAGGAAUGAUGUACGACACAAGAGGAAGACAGAUUCCAGUGCAUCUCUGGAAGAAGAAGAAUGUUUGUUAAAAUAAAACAAUAAAGAAAAACUAAACCUAAUAUAGGAAUCUCAUACCAGACUACAUGGUGCUACAGCUAAGAAAACAGCCAACUUCCAACACAUACUGCCUGCUCAGAACACAUUGUAAAAUGGAUCUAUGAAAAGAUCUGAACAUGGCUGAGCUUGUCUUCCUCAGUUUGUACUGCAGAUUUUAUCAUUGCCAAGAAGGUAUUAGAAACACACCUACAAUUUCAAAUAUUAAACAUUUUAAUUUCCUAAGCAAGUACUUAAAAAAGGAGUAUUUAAUAUUCCGUUUAUUUAUUCAUAGUUUACUUUAUGAUACUUUCAGUAGCAUUUGCUAAGAGGAUGACUGUAAAUAGUUCAAUUUAAAAGACGUGGAAAAUGAAAUUGUAAAGGAAGUGGUCAUGGCCUAAUUUAAGGUACUGUCCCAACAUUUAGCUGACAGGACUGAGGAAAACCACAUUAAUUGUCAGGCAGGAUAGCUGGCCGCUGACUGGGCCCUCAUUGAUCACAUCCCUUUCAAGAAAGCUGCUGCGGCCAACGACAAAGCCAGGCAGUGUAUCAAAUUCCAGCAGCUGCACAGAACUGAACAUCGAACCCCGCUGACCAACAUCAAGAAAACUGUGAUAAACCUGAGUGACAGGUCCUGGGUGAAGGCCUGAACUAUGCGGUGGCCCCUACGGUACUGCCCAUUGAAGAUUUCCAAAGUGGUGUGGAGAGGGCUGUUCACUCCCUGCCUGAGGAAGCAGCCAAGGAGGUCCGGCAAGAGACCGUUCUGAUCCUGAGAGCUUCCAGGGAGCCAGAGGACAACCUGUCCAGAGUUGAGAGGAGAGCCCUCCGGGCCCUGCGGAAUACCAUGGACCCCAUGGUCCUCCCUGCAGACAAAGACAACACGACGGUCGUCCUCAACAUUGCAGAAUACAACAGGAAGAUUCUGGCCCUUUUAGGGGCCCUUAUGUGUAGGGUACUGCCCAAGGCCCCCAUUGAAGCUGUGGAAUGGAAGAUGACCCUCCUCCUCAAGAGGUCAUCACUUCCUGAGGAGGUCAUCUAACAGUUGUGGCCCCGGGGUUUGAGGCCACCUAGACUGUAUGGGCUCCCAAAGAUCUAUAAGGGAGGAGCCCCACUCUGGCCUGUUGUGAGCACCAUCAGCGCCCAACCUAAAAUCUUGCCCAAUAUCUUGCGUGACUACUUGGAUUACGGGGGCACUCUCCAUGUCACGUGAAGAACUCCAUGGAAUUCUUUGACACCAUCAAGUCCCUCUGUGUGUGGGCCAUGGGGACAUCAUGGUCAGCAUUCAUGUCAUGUCCCUUUUCACUAUGGUGCCCAUUGGUGAAGCCUUACGACUCCUGGAACGGCAUUUCGAUCUAGACAUCUUGAGGCUUUUCCAGCAUGCAUAACCUCAUCUUUCUUCAAGUUCGACAGGCAGUUCUAUGAACAGACCAACGGUGUUACUAUGGGUUCCCCACUAUCACCUAUCAUCGCUAAUUUCUUCAUGGAGCACUUUGAAGAAAUGAUUCUGUUGAUUCCAUUACAUGGAUGACACGUUUGUCAUCUGGCCCCACAGUCCAGGCAAGUGGUCGGAGUUCCUCGACCACCUGAACAGUGUUCAUGAAAACAUCCAGUUCACCAUGGAGACAGAAAAGGAUGGCCAUCUUCCAUUCCUCAAUAUUGACAUCCACCGCAAGCCUGAUGGCUCACUGGGCCACAAGUUUUACUGCAAACCAACCCACACCAACUUAUACCUCAAUUCCGAUUCCCAUUACCACCAUUUCAACAAACAGGCCAUACUUUCCACCCUGGUGCACAGGGCUAGAGCCCUUUGCAACCAGGAAAGCCUGCAGGGUGAACUGGAGCUACUCAGAAUCACUUUCAGGAAAAACAGUUACAAUGACCGACGGAUCCAGCGAGCCCUCAAUCCACCAGCGAGGGUGUCACUGUCCCCGGAGAAACCAGCCUCGGUUGCCUUCCUGCCCUACGUCGGAACGACUUUCAACCACAUCAGCCGGCUGCUGGCCAGGCAUAACAUAAGUCUGUAGUUCUUCAGCCGAAGAAGAUUCCCAGUUUCCUUCAGCCAGUUAAGGAUGAUCUAGGACUCAAGACGCCUGGUGUAUACAGCGUUACCUUGAAGUGCGGCAAAGUGUACAUUGGACAGACUGGCCGUUCCAUCAAGACUAGGGUCAAGGAGCACCAGUGUUACAUCUGGUUGGGACAUCCUGAGAAAUCUGCCGUGGCCAAACACCUCUUAGACCUGGGCCACCACAUCCAUCUCCAGGAUACUUCUAUCCUCUCAACAAAAACCGGCUACAUGGAUCGGAUAAUCAGGGAAGCUAUCGAGACUGAAUGACAUCCCGACAACUUCAACAGGGAAGAUGGACUUUGCCUUGGCCAUUCAUGGAAGCCCCACAUUUACUCUCUCCAAGGGCUCUGGAAGUAUUCCAGAGAGCACUGCCUGUUCCUGGGCCACUAAACCCUGGCCCUUUUUCAAGGCCCUGAUCAGCGCUCCCUUCCACUCUCUGCCCAACUCCCAAUGUCUGGUGUCUCACCAGAUGCACUCCCUGAGGCCCUCACAAAGGCUGUUUCAUCGAACCCUCUCUCUCUCUCCCUUCUUUCUCUCUGUCUCUUACAUACCCCAGGACAUGACCAUGCUCUCUCCUAUUGGUCCCUACCCAUGCCUGAUUUGACACCAGCUCCCAUAGGCUAGGAUUUGGCUACUCCAUUCACUGGACAUCUAGCAUACUACAUGGCGCAACAACCCAGAAGACAGAAAUCUUCUUAAUCACCGCUGCAAAAACCUCAAAUCCUAUAUUCUUAAUAUCUUUUUCUUUCUAAAAGACCACUUUGUACAUUUCUGAAAAGAAACUAUUUGAUAUGUUCCAUAUUUUUCAUCUUCACAUAUGCCAUCUGAAAACACACGGAUUAAAUUAUACAAAACUUUAAUUUUAACUGUUGUUUUGUAUUGGUGUGAAAAGUGAUCUCACAAUAAGGGAAAAACACAAUCUGAAUGUUGGAGAAUAGGGUUCUUAAAAGAAUAUUUGAACCUGAGAAAGAUGCUCUGAACAAUGUCUCUACCAAAUAUUACUAGGGUUAUCAAAUUAGGAGUAUGAGAUGGGCAGGGUCUGUAGUAUGCACAGGAGAAAUAAGAAAUGUAUACAACUUAUACACAAAAUAAUGGUGCGACUCAUUUUUGGACAUGUUGGAAAGCUGGUUGCUACCCCAACUGAAUACCAAUUAUGGCGAUUACAUUCUACAACUGGACGGAGCUCCCCCCCAUUUUCACAGGAAUGUACGAGUGCUUCUCAAUCGUGUUUUUCCACAGCGCUGGAUCGGACGUGCUGCUGCAAAUGGAGACAACAACCUUCUCCCUUGGCCACCCCGUUCGCCAGAUCUUACACCGUGCUAUUUCUUUCUUUGAGGGUUUGUUAAAGACAGCGUUUAUGUACCACCAUUGCCCACGUCCAUCCAUAAACUUCGUGAUUGGAUAACGCAUGCACUGCAGGCCAUUACAGCGGACAUGCUACACCGGGUCUGGGAUGAGUUUGAUUACCAUGUGGAUGUGUGUCACGUGACCCAGGGUGCACACAUUGAAGGAUUGUAAUUAACGCAUGAGAAACUUGGAGAGUUGCUGCCGCUGACGGUGUAUGUUGUGCCCGUGUAAGGGCAGGUCCCAGCUGAGUGCAGAACAUGCAGUCAAGUGCACCACCCGAUCGCUGCAGUUCGCUGUGCCGGCCGUGGAGUACAGGGAGAGCGCAGGCGCUGGAAAACUCUGCUCUGCAUUUCAUAACAGUGAUAGAAACGUUAGCGGAAAUUGUGAUUAGUGAAGUGAUCUUUGGGAUAUGAAGCAUAACAGUUAUCAUAAUCGGGUGCUUGUGCACAGGGAAUGGAGCAGGAAAGCAUAAAAUGGAGAAACAAGUGUCGUGGUGUUACAAUGCCGGAGGGAGAGUUGAAAAGCGUUUCUGUGGACUGCUGCCACGGUACUGAGGGAACAGUGGAUUUUAUGCACAAUGGAAUAUCAUCACACCAGACGGCAGCACGGUAUGUCCGCACGCCACCACCUCUGCCAGACAGCCUCAAUAACGGAAUCAUGCUCAGCAGUCCAAAUCUUGUGACUCCGUUGAGUGCAGUCGGCAGUGGGGGCCAGCUGGUCAAGAAGGUCCCUAACAAGAGCUGCACGCUGCCUUCCAUGGGAUUCUCCAGUGGCAGUGCUGCCACCAAUCAGAAGAAACCCAAUGAAUUGAGCCACCUUCCAAAGCGGCUUCCCGUGGACAUUCAGUUUGCAAAUCUCGCCUACUCUGUAUCUGAAGGAAGAAGACGAGGGUACAAAACUAUCCUUAAAAACAUUAGUGGGAAGUUCCGGUCAAGUGAACUGACUGCAAUCAUGGGACCAUCAGGAGCUGGGAAGAGUACCCUCAUGAACAUCCUUGCUGGCUACAAAACGUCACAUCUUAAUGGAACUCUGCUUAUAAAUGGGAAGGAGCGCAAGCUGCGGCACUUCAGGAAGAUGUCGUGUUACAUUAUGCAGGACGAUCAACUGAUGCCUCAUCUUACUGUCCGUGAAGCUAUGACAGUCUCUGCUAAUCUAAAACUGGGCAAACAGACUUCAAGCAAUGCCAAACGUAUCGUCAUUGAAGAAAUAAUGGAGACACUUGGACUUGUGGAAUGUUGCAACACUCGAACUACAAACCUCUCUGGGGGACAGCGGAAGCGCCUUUCUAUUGCCUUAGAGCUUGUGAAUAAUCCACCAGUAAUGUUCUUUGAUGAACCAACAAGUGGUUUGGACAGCUCGUCAUGUUUCCAGUGCCUCUCCCUGUUGAAGUCCCUGGCUCGAGGUGGCCGCACAAUCAUCUGUACCAUUCACCAGCCGAGUGCCAGGCUUUUUGAGAUGUUUGACCACUUGUUGACUCUAGCUGAAGGACAAUGUAUCUACCAGGGCAGUGUUCAGGGGCUAGUGCCCUUUCUUUCCUCGGUGGGAUUUGAAUGUCCGAGCUACCACAAUCCAGCAGACUACGUGAUGGAAGUGGCUUGUGGCGAGCAUGGUGAGUGCAUUCCUAAGCUGGUGAUGGCUGUGAACAGUGGAAAGUGCAACAAUCUAAAUCAACAGCAGUCUGCAUCUAAUGUGACAGAAACGUGCAUAGCUAAUGAUAACGUCAAGGACAACACUGACAGGAUACUUUCAAAUGGCAUGACUGGAGGCACAGUGUCAGUUCCAGGAGUGACCUGUACCACGUCUCUUUUGGACUCAGAUGAGAAUCUCAAGCAUUGCAAACAAAAUACAGGGUUCCCAACUUCCAGUUUUCUACAGUUCUACAUCCUACUCAAACGAACAUUCUUAUCCACCAUGAGGGAUCAGACAUUGACACAGAUGAGGUUUUUCUCUCACGUAGUGGUCGGCCUGCUCAUAGGGAUGAUUUACUUUGGCAUUGGCAAUGAAGCCUCUAAAGUAAUGAGCAAUUCUGGGUGCAUUUUCUUCACCAUACUUUUUCUAAUGUUCACUGCCAUGAUGCCAACCAUUCUCACAUUUCCAGUAGAAAUGGCCGUGUUUAUGAGAGAACAUUUAAACUACUGGUACUCCCUGAAGUCUUUCUACUUUGCAAAAACAAUGGCAGACCUUCCUUUUCAGAUUGUGUUUUCAAUCAUCUACGUAGUGAUUGUUUACUUCAUGACAUCACAACCACCUGAAGUGAUGCGGUUCAUGAUGCUACUUACCAUGUGCAUUCUCACAUCUGUUGUCGCUCAAAGCCUUGGUCUCCUCAUAGGAGCAGCCAUGAGUGUGGAGAAUGGAGUGUUUUUUGGGCCAGUAGCAUCAGUGCCAAUUCUUCUGUUUUCUGGUUUCUUUGUGAACUUCAACACAAUUCCUGGCUAUCUGCAGUGGGUGACAUAUGUUAGUUACAUUCGAUAUGGCUUUGAGGGAGCGAUGAUAUCUAUAUAUGGUUAUGGGCGUGAGAAGCUGUCCUGCUCAGAAGAAUACUGCCACUUCAGGAACUCAACAAUGUUCCUUGAGGAGAUGGACAUGGCAAGAGCAGAGUACUGGAUAGAUGCGGUUGCCCUCGCUGGUUUCUUUCUCCUGCUCCGUUGUGUUGCUUAUCUUGUACUUCGUUUGAAACUACGCUUGAUGAAAUGAAAAAGACAAAUCAGUGGCCAAUCAUGAAGCACAAUUCAAUUAAGUUUAAUUCUUAACUCCUGUGUUGCUAUGACAGUGAGGUGCAGUUAAGAAUUAAAAUGUAGAUAAUUUAUUGUGAUAUGCCAAUUGUAACAUCUUUGUGCAUUGUAAAGUCUGUUUAUAAUGCAAAUGAAAUGUGACCAUUAUGGAGAAUAAUGUCAACAUAUUUACUGCUAGGCAUAUAAAAGCAGGCCUUAAUUAAAUACAUGGGCUUAAAGCCCCUGGAUGAGGUUUUGAAGUGUCUGAAAAUUAUAUUUUACUAAUUUCAGAAAAGGAGAUAUGAUAAAUUUAUAUUAGUUUUAGUAACUUUGAGGAUGUGGUCCCAUGCCUUCAGGAUGUAGAACUCCACACUGAGCACAAAAAUAUUUGCUGUCCUGUUGAUGUUCUUUUGAGAAAGAAGAAAAACGUUUGCACCUUUAGUAGACUUUGAGGUUAUGGUGUGAGCAGCCUUCAUUGAUUGUCUAGCUCUGUGUAGUUUAUGGAUUACCAGCGUGUUUGAAAAAUGAUUCCUUUGCCUUUGGUUAAAGCUGGCAUACUGCAGAAGAUAAAAGAAUAAUCCCUUCUGCAAAUAUGUUAGUGUUUUGUUCUUGAUAAUCCAAAAUAUACUAAACAGUUUAGUUCACAUUAUCUGUAUAAAUAUCAAAGAUUCACUUUGGCUUCACCUUUGAUGUGCCUGCCCUUUUACACACGUCAUCUGAAUUUUCUGCUGUGUGUUCUGCUACUACACCAUUCUUUGAUAUUCUGUGACUAUACUUUCAUGGAACUCAUAAAAAACCCACAAAAAACUGAAGGCCAAGAGAUCAGCUGAGAACUCUGUACAGUGCCAACACACAACUGCACAUGUCUGUGAUCUGUUAUGUAGACAGCACUGGAUGAACAAGUAUUACUGUGCAUUGUAAAAAUAAGGGAGCAGACAGGAGGAAAAGCCACCAGACAUUUUAUAAUGCGUUGAUAUGUAAAUGAAAACUUCAUGCAACUUUAUACAUAUGUGAUGCCAUUUUCCCAGUAGUAUUUAUGUUAUAAGGAAUGAUGUGCUAAAUCAGGGGAUUUCAGUGUGGGCAAUAAAUAAUAAAAAAACAUGAUUUUGGCAGUAAAUGUGUUACAAUAGUACCACAAAGAACUUUGAACUGUUGAUGACAGAGUGUUUAUUUGAGAACAGUAUCUUAGCACAUCCGAUGUUUACUUCAUUGGCCUAUUAAAUGGUUGUUUGAAAGCAUGUUUACAAAGCUGUGGAACACAUUUUGUAUACAAAAAUAUUAAUGAGUCCUGCAGUAGUUACCAUUAUUUUGGAAGAACAGAAUUCCUUUAUCUUAUACCCUUUUCUAAUGUGCUCAUCCAUAACUUUGGUACCAUCAACAAGACUAUAUGGUAUCACAAUCCAGAGAACCGUAAUUUGAAUUCUCAAUACUGAGGAAAACUUAAAUCUCAUAAAACUUGUGGAGCUCGAUUUUGUGGCAAGGAUAGGGAUUUUUUCAGAGACUUCACAUCCAUGUUGGGUCUUGUUUCCUAUUUAAUAUGUGUGAGUGGCUCUUUUGUUGUAGGUAAUGUAGCAGGUACAUGACUCUCCCUAUUCACCUCCAUAUAUUAGAGGCUAGAAAUGCAAGGAGCUUCUCUUCCACUCUCCCUGUGUGAAUUUAAUUUUGUGAUGCUUAAGUACGGAGAUGACUUCAACAAAUAUUACUUCUUGUCACAGAUAAUUGGUUGCUAUAUCUGUCACUACAAAAAGUAUUACAUAUUUUUUACAUUGAUGGUUGGAAUGUAAUAGUCUGGGGGAAACCCGGGUAGCAUAAGUAUACCCUGGUAUCACUGCCAUUCAUUUCCCUAAACAUAAGUGAAUGAGGCUUCACCAAGUUCAGGACAUAGGGAAUAUGCUGCAAAGCAUGGCUGUGGAGUCGGAAGCAAUUUUAGGUGGAGUCUGAGUCAGUAAAUAUGUACCGACUCUGACGAUAUAAAAUCUUAAGAAAAUACUAUUUUAACACUUUCGCUAGUGUGUGAGCUGCCGGCGGCUUCGUGCUUAGGGAGAUUCAAUGAUGCAUUGAGCCACACGGUGUGGGAAUAAUACUUUGUAACUUUGGCUCUGUUACCUUAAGAAUACAAACUGUCUACAAAUCAACCGAUUUCUGCAAUAACCAUUAGACUUAUAUUUAAAUAUAGGUUGUAAGUAUAAAAAGUAGUCUGAUGAUUCACGUGGUGGUGAUGAAAUAUAUUAUGGUAUCAUUUAUGAUUUUAGUAGGUUUACCAUUAUUGAUAAUACAUAUUGAACUUUUAUGAAGAAGUUGGAGUCGAAGGUUUUAGUAUCACCUCCACAGCCCUGCUACAAAGAAAUCUGGUUUGGCAUGUAACUGUGCUUCAUUCAUAUGGGCAGAGACUAGGGACCAGGAUACCUCUCUGUUCCCAAAGUGGCUAGAGAAGGUAAAGAGAUAUCUUGCUAAUACAAGCAUUGUACUUAAAUAAAGGAAUGUACCAUUUUGACACAGUUUUAUUAUACAUGAGAAUCCUGCUCUAAAUACACAAAUAUUUACAAAUAAAAGUGAAUUUAAGAAACUUA